AUAGAGCCUCCGAUGGUGCGCCUCCGCCACUUCUCGCGAAGUUUCCAUGGCGUCAGGUGUCAAAGCGAAAACAUUUGUAACAACUCGUGAGGUUUCCAUAAAUUCUUCAACAUGAAGAUUCAGGAAAAUGUGCCGGAGAAAAAAUUCGGGUACGGCGUCCGCCACAUCCAGGUGGUGUGCAUGUGCCUGACGAUGCUGGCGCUGUUCCUCGCGCGCAGCAGCAUGGCCGUCGCCGUGCUCGCCAUGACGGACACGGGCCGGAACGACACCGGCGUCACGGUAUACGAAUGGGACAAGCAGACGCAGGGCUACAUCCUAUCGUCGUUCUUCUGGGGCUACGUAGCGAUGCAGCUGCCGGCGGGCAUGCUGUCCAAGCGGUACGGCGGCAAGCCGGUCAUGCUGGUGGCGCUGCUCAUCAACUCUGCCAUCUGCGGCCUGCUGCCCUCGCUGGUGGCCGUGGGUGGUUGGCCGGUGGUGUGCGCGUGCCGGGUGGUGAUGGGUCUGACGCAGGCCUGCACGUUCCCCGCCACUCACACGCUGCUAGGCGGCUGGCUCCCCGCGCACGAGCGGACUUCCAUCUCCGGUGUCAUAUACGCAGGCGGCCACCUCGGCGUGAUAAUCGCGAUGCCGGUGUCUGGUCUGCUGGCGGAGACGGCUCUGGGCUGGCGGUCCAUCUUCUACGCGGUGUCGGCCAUCACCGGCGGCGUGGCGGCGCUGUGGUACUGCUUCGCCGCCAGCUCGCCGAGGGAGCACCGCCUCAUGACGGAGGAGGAGAGGAGCUAUAUCGAGCGGGAUCUUCACAUUUCAGAGAAAGGGUCGGCUCACAUCCCCUGGCGUCGCAUCCUGAGCACGCGGUCCUUGUGGGCGGUCGUGGUGACCCACAUCGGCGGCUCCUGCAGCUACAUCCUGUUCUUCGUCGACAUGCCCACCUACCUCGAGCGGGGGCUGCAGAUCUCGCUCAAAAAUAGCGCGUUCCUGUCAGCUCUGCCGUACAUCGGCAUGAUGACGGGGGGGCUGGUCUCGUCCAACGUCAGCGAGCUGCUCCUGAACCGCGGGUACCUCUCCCUCUCCCUGUCCAGGAAGAUCUUCAACUCUAUAGGCUACAUCGGCAUGGCGCUGGGGCUGGUGGCGCUGUCGUUCAUCGGGCCGGCGCAGCGCGAGUGGGCGGUGUUGACGCUCGUCGCAGCGCUAACCUUCAACGGCUUCUACACCUCUGGCUUCAUGAUGGUGUACCUGGACAUGUCUCCGAACUACGCGGGCGUGAUGUUAUCCCUCACCAACUUCGUCUCCAACAUCGGCAGCAUCCUCACGCCCAUUUUGACCAGCCUCAUACUCAACAACGAUCCGACGAACAUGGCCGGGUGGCGCGUGGUGUUUCUGCUGAUGGCGGGGCUCUGUGUCAUCACCAACUUCGCCUUCGUGCUGUUCGUCAAGACGCAUAGACGAGAGUGGGACGACCCCAAAUACCUGGAUAAGAGGAGAUCUGACCCUGAGGAAAUGAAGCCCGCUCUAUCCGCGACCAAGGAGGAGGAGGCAGCGCACUGAACUAUAUAAGACUUGUUAUAUUUAUAAUUAUUAUAUAAUAUUUAUAUUGUUAUCGUUAAAAUAAAAUAAAAAAAUUGAACCC